GGCUAGCCGACUACUAGUCAGUAAUUCCAGUGUAGCUGUUACAAAGGUAGCUGGCAAAAUAGCUUGGAGUAAAUUAGCUACCACUAACAGACCACUGCAGUCUACUGCACGUAUUUAACGUGGUUUAAGCUGGUUGGACAGUUAGCUAGUGUAAGUUAGUUUCUUUGGUCGUAAGAAGACUAAUUUAUCGAUGGCCUCCUCGUCUGGAAACGAUGAUGAUCUUACCAUACCCAGGGCAGCUAUUAAUAAAAUGAUCAAAGAAACUCUUCCCAAUGUGAGGGUUGCUAAUGAUGCCAGGGAGCUCGUGGUGAAUUGUUGCACUGAAUUUAUUCACCUCAUCUCUUCAGAAGCAAAUGAAAUUUGCAACAAGUCUGAAAAGAAAACAAUUUCUCCAGAACAUGUUAUUAAUGCACUGGAAAGCCUUGGAUUCGCAUCAUACAUCACAGAGGUGAAAGAUGUCCUACAGGAGUGCAAAACAGUGGCACUCAGAAGAAGAAAGGCAAACUCCCGUCUUGAAAACCUAGGCAUUCCCGAGGAGGAGCUACUAAGACAACAGCAAGAGUUAUUCGCUAAGGCGCGGCAGCAGCAGGCCGAGCUGGCCCAGCAGGAGUGGCUGCAGAUGCAACAGGCUGCACAGCAGGCGCAGCUUGCUGCUGCCUCCGCCAGCACGGCGCGCCAGGCUGGCUCCUCUCAGGACGAGGACGAAGAGGAUGACUUGUGAUUGGUGGGGUGGAGCUAAGCCUGCACUGCCCCCACCCCCAAAAAUCCAGCCCAGCAAGGCGGACUCGGACACUACUGUCUUCCUGAAUGCCUCUGUCAGUAGGGGUAUCGACAGUGUUGGGAAACCCCACUUUCCCUAUGACUUUUAGUCUGGACUGAUGUACUCUAUUUCCAGUGGAGGUUUUCAGGUUAGAUUCUUUUUGUUGUAAGGCAUCCAGUUCACUUAUUUUCUCUUUGUACUUUGUUUUAUUGUCAUUAUUUGCAGGCUAAAACAAGGCAGUAAGGCAUAGUUUGAAACUAAGGGAUACACCUUCUCCCUUGCAUUUUACUGCCUUGUCUUUUUUGGUCUCUUAAAAAUAUAAGAAUUUCUCAUUGCAGGCCAGUGUUCCUUUUGUUGUAAGGAUAUGUUUAGGAUCCAGUGUUUGAUUUAAAAAGCAACAGUGACAAAUGUAUCAGUACACACUUUGCUGUUUUUGUUGAGCAGGAGGGGAGCAUAUCAGCUCUUUAGGUACUUCCCAUUUAGAUUAAUUACUUUUUUCUUUCAUUAGGUUUAAAUUUUUGAUAGUGUAUUAUGACAAAAAUCUUGUUGAAUGGAGUCUGUUUCUGUUGUUUUUAAAGUGGUUUUUACAGUUCCUCUUUUUUCCCUUCUUAUUAAUGUGGGUGUGAUUCAGAGCCUCAUUGUAAAGCACUCAUAGGGGACGUGAAUAUGUAUGUGAAGUUUGAUUUGUAAAAUAAAAAAUGUUUUUGGUUACUUGUGGGUAUUAAGUAUGGCAUAUGUAGUUUUUCAUUUUCCUGCCCUCUUCAGUGAAUGGCACCAUUGUUUUCAGAAGUAAAAGUUAAAAGAAAGAAAAGAAAGACAGUAGAAAUUCUUUUUUGUCUUCUAGAACCAAAGAGGAAGGGGGCUGGGUCCUG